AUGAAAAUAUUUAUUUUUUUAGUGUCACAAAAAGAGAUUGUACCACAAGUAGGUUCACUUAUAGCUGAAUUGUAUUCCUGGAAAUCACUUACAAUGGGACAACCUAUUCUUCGUCUUCAUACAACAGCAACAAAAGCUGCUUUAUUGACAUUAUCACCUGGUCGUCAUGUAUUAAAACUUACUAAUACAUGUCCAUUUGCUUGUAACGUGCAAAUAUUAUCUGAUACAAAUGAUUUUAUGCUUGCUGAUGAAGAUCAAUUAUUAAAUAAAAUCGCUACUGUGCCCGAAGAUGCUGAUUUUAUACUACGAGCUGAAGAAUUAUUUCUAGCAUUAGAUGAUUCUAUACAAAAUUUUCAUUUGAUUGGUCAACAAGAAAAUAAAUUAAUUGAUCUUUUUAGUUUAUACUGUGAACAUGCACCAAAAACACUUGAUCUUACUAUUCAAACAUGUCUUAAUACAUUUAAUCAAGCAUUGUAUUCAACUUUACGAACAAUUCUUGCUGCAUCUGGAUCAGGGAUUAGUGUCGAUACACAAUUUGCUUGGCGAUGUUUUACUAAUGAUCUUUCGACACCAGAUAUUUUGGCUGCUUAUGACGCAAAACGUCCAAUUGUUAGAAGUCUCAGUCGUCACUCAGCACGAACUGCUGGAAGUUCUUCUGCAAUCAUAGGAACACCUAGUACAAGUAAAAAAGGUAUUGGAGCAAGAGAGAAAAAUAAUGAUGAUAGAUCUAGUUUAAAACAACAAUUUUCAUCGACGAAUUCAUCAUCAACAUCAGAUAUACAAGAAGAACCAUUAUCUGAUCUAUUAAGUCAUGUCUUUAGUGUAAACGAACUAGAAUCUAUAAUAAAUAUUCAAAAAAGUAUUCGAGGUUUUUUACAACGUCGUAUUGCGCUUGCUCGUACAUCUGGUACAGAAAAAAAUUUAUUUAUUCAACAAAUAUUACAAUCAAGCAUGUCUUUACUCAAAGCUGAUCAAAAUAAAUCAACUUUACUUCUUUUUAAAAAUUUCAUAUCAAUCAAACCAGAAUUAAUUCAAUCUUUUACAUUUCGUAAUGAUGAUUGGAAUAUGGUCACAUAUCGAGAUUAUAAUGGAAUAUAUCAAGAACAACCAGCUAAUAAGUGGUUUGUUUUAUUUCGAGAAAUUAUUUAUAUUAAUGAAGAAAGUUUAAUUGCUGCUAAAUUUCUUUCACAUUUACCAAAUACACUUUUACGUGUAGUUAAUAAUGAUACAUAUGAUGAAAUGUCAUUAGUGUUCAAUCGUUUACGACCAGGAAUAUUUGCUAAAAAUAAAAAUGGUUAUACAUUUUUUGCUGAAGGCAUGUCACUUGAUCAAUCAAUACCAAGUGAUCGUUUUCGUCUUCGUUUAACAACAUCAUAUGCACAGUUACCUGAAAUACGUACUGAUCCAAUAAUAUCAUCAUUUAUUACAAAAGAAAUUAGCGAUUAUUAUAUUCCGAAUAAAGAACAAAUUAUAUGCAGAUAUCGCAUUAUUACUUCUGAUAAUAUUAAUCAAGCUGGUUUAAAUUAUCAUUUAGCUAGUAUUCAUUUUAGUACAUCAAAAUCUGAUGUUUUAAUGCGUUUAACAGUCUUUGAUAAUGAUGAAGAAAUAGUUAGUGUAGAAGGAAAAGGAUGUCUUAUUUUACCUGCAGUACUUUUUAUGCGUGCAAUUACAAAUGUAAUACAACCACAACCACAACUAUUAGUAAAGUCAACAUCAAAAACGAUAGGAGGAUCACGUAAAAAAGACUUAAAUAAUACUUAUCAAGGAAAUGUUGCUGAUUUAACACCAAUUAAUAGUGUCCGAUCAGACAAAGAUAGAACUGGAAAUGGAAUGAGAAGUAGAUCAAGUAGUCGAGUAGGAUUAACAAUUUUACAUAAAUAUAUUAUUCAAGUAACGCUUCUUCGUAAAUCAUGGCCAUUAACAGCAAAUCAAUGGCAAUUUGUUGAACAACUUAAAGAACAAGAAAAAAAUGAAUUGAAAGUUUUUAAUCGACAAUUAUCAGCGACUAAAGCCGAUCGACCAAUUAGCGGUUCAACAAGUAGCAAACGAAUAGGACAAACAAAUUCUACUGUAUCGACAGGAAGCAAUAGAACAAAAAGUACUACUACUGGAAGUGGUAGAAGUAGUAUAGUAUCAUUAAGUCGACCGAAAUCGUUAAAAGAGAGUACAGAAAAAACGAUUGAUACAAGUAAACCCCAUUGGAUAUUACAAAUAAUAUCUGAUGCAGAUAAAGCUGAUGAAUUAACAAUUAAAAAAGACACUGAACGAAAUGAAGAAUUAAUGAAUAUAAAAAAAGCAUGGGAAACAUUACAAGUUGGUCGAGCUGACAAAGCAUUGGAAACAAGACAAAAAUUUCUUGAUUCUUUACAAUCAAAAGUUGAUGAAGUUUCAGGAUUUGAAACAACUGAUGAUAUAACAAAUGUUUCAGAAAUUCGUACUGAUGAAGAAACAACCAGUACAAUUAAUUCUUCAAUUAUAGAACAACAACAAAUGAUCAAACAAACUCCCACAACGAAGAGAAGUUCUUCAUUGACGAAAAAAGGAUCCAUUAAAGAAGAAGUUUCCAAACAAACGGAACUAAUUUCACCAUCUCUUUCAUCAUCACCACAAAUUGAUGAACCUCUUCUAGACGAACCACCACCAAGAAAACCUAAAAUUAUUUUAACAUCAUUGGAUUUAAAACCGUUUCUCAAACAAAAACUGCUUUCCAAUGAACCAAUUAUAUCUGAUUCAUUAUUUGAGCAAGAGGAUUUACAACGUCGUCGAAGUAAUUUUACUGAAUAUUCGAAACAUGCUGAUGAAAUUUGUCAAAGUCGUCAAGAAGAUCAAAAUAAUCGAUAUAAAGAGAAAAUUCGUCAAUUAGAAGAAUAUGUUGGUUUACAAGCUAAAACUGAUCAAAUUCGUCGUACUGUUAAUGAACCACGUGAAGCAUUUCGACAGCGGUUUCUUGAAAUCGAACGGAUGCGUCUAGAAGAAUUAGCUGCUCAAGAAAAAAAAUUAAUGGAUGAAGAAAAAGCAAGAUUAGCAACUAUGGCCAAACCAGUUAAAAAGAAAACCUCAGCUGGAAAAAAGAAAAAGAAGUAG